UAUGAGGACUCCAAGAUGAACUUGGAGCAGGAGAGGCCGUUUGUCUGCAGUGCCCCAGGCUGCUCCCAGCGUUUCCCAACAGAGGACCAUCUGAUGAUUCAUAGGCACAAGCAUGAGAUGACCUUGAAGUUUCCUUCAAUAAAAACAGACAAUAUGCUAUCAGAUCAGACUCCGACGCCCACAAGAUUCCUGAAGAACUGUGAGGAGGUGGGUCUCUUCAGCGAGCUGGACUGCUCCUUUGAGCACGAGUUCAGGAAGGCUCAAGAGGAAGAAAACAGCAAAAGGAAUAUCUCCAUGCAUAAUGCAGUUGGUGGGACCAUGACGGGGCCUGGAUCUCACCAGCUCGGCAGCACCCGGAUGCCCAACCACGACACCAGUGUUGUGAUUCAGCAAGCCAUGCCUUCGCCCCAGUCCAGCUCAGUCAUCACGCAGGCUCCCUCCACCAACCGCCAGAUCGGGCCUGUUCCAGGCUCUCUAUCAUCUCUCCUCCAUCUCCACAACAGACAGAGGCAGCCCAUGCCAGCUUCCAUGCCUGGAACCCUGCCCAACCCCACCAUGCCAGGAUCGUCAGCCGUCUUGAUGCCUAUGGAGAGACAGAUGUCAGUGAACUCCAGCAUCAUGGGCAUGCAAGGUCCAAACCUCAGCAACCCCUGUGCUUCUCCCCAAGUCCAGCCAAUGCAUUCAGAAGCCAAGAUGAGACUGAAGGCUGCGUUGACUCACCAUCCUGCUGCCAUGUCAAACGGGAACAUGAGCACCAUCGGACACAUGAUGGAGAUGAUGGGCUCCCGGCAAGAGCAGACGCCGCACCACCACAUGCACUCACACCCGCAUCAGCACCAGACACUGCCGCCCCACCACCCCUAUCCACACCAGCACCAGCACCCCGCACACCAUCCCCACCCACAGCCUCACCACCAGCAGAACCACCCGCACCACCACUCCCAUUCCCACCUUCAUGCACACCCAGCCCACCACCAGACCUCGCCACACCCACCCCUACACACGGGCAACCAAGCACAGGUUUCACCAGCCACACAACAGAUGCAGCCAACCCAGACAAUACAACCGCCCCAGCCCACAGGGGGACGCCGGCGAAGGGUGGUGGAUGAGGACCCGGAUGAGAGGCGGAGGAAAUUUCUGGAAAGGAACCGGGCCGCCGCCACCCGCUGCAGACAGAAGAGGAAGGUCUGGGUGAUGUCACUGGAAAAGAAAGCUGAAGAGCUCACCCAGACAAACAUGCAGCUUCAGAAUGAAGUGUCCAUGUUGAAAAAUGAGGUGGCCCAGCUGAAGCAAUUGUUGUUAACACAUAAAGAUUGUCCAAUAACAGCCAUGCAGAAAGAAUCACAAGGGUAUUUAAGUCCAGAGAGCAGCCCUCCGGCGAGCCCCGUGCCAGCGUGCUCUCAGCAGCAAGUUAUCCAGCAUAACACCAUCACCACAUCCUCAUCUGUCAGCGAGGUCGUGGGGAGCUCCACCCUCAGUCAGCUCACGACUCACAGAACAGACCUGAAUCCUAUUCUUUAA